AAAGAAAAGUUUUUAAUCUGUGCACUGCGCAGUCGAUCAUCUGCUUGUAGAUUGCGUAUUUUUAUUUUUGUUCUUCAAAAAUUCCACGAAAAUAACAAUUAAACAAACAAUCUAUUGCAAUUUUAUUAUUUAACGACUUUUUUCUUUGUUAAAUUCGAUGACUUUCACAUAUUUCAUGUUUCACGAAACAAUCACGUUGUGAUGAAAUGUCAUUUUUUCCGUGGAUCUAUGCCAAUGUGAAAAUUGUGAAAAUUUACAUUCGUGAUUAUUUUGCACAUGAAAACUGAUGGUACCUAUCCAGCUGUUGGAGCCCAUACAUAGUCUUGAGUGUGUUUCCGUAUCGCAUCGGAGUUUCCACACAAAGUGUAUUGGAUGAGUUAACGUUUUUGAAGAGUGAAGGUGAGGUGACCGGAGAUGAGCUCGCCGCCGCCCGUGCAGCUGGAAGUGGAGGUGGGUGACGAGUCUAUGGAGGACGACGCGCCUGACAUGCUGCCAGCUGACAGGUUCACGUUGCCGGCGCGCGCAGACGCCGUGGUCGAGCUAUGGCGAUCCAAGGUGGCGGAGGGGGUGCUCGCGACUUCACACUUUCAGGACCACUGGCGAGUCACCGUGCCCAGGAUAUACUCGCCGCAGCCGAACAGGACUUGCUUGGAUUGGUCCUUCGACGAGGAGCUAGCGUCGAAGCUGCUGAUCCAGCCAAUGGAACAGUUCGUGUGGGGCUCCAGCGAGGGCACCCAGCCGCCGCCGCGGCGCUCCACGCUCUGCGGGAAAGUGUUCAAGCAGGGAGAGCCCGCUUACAGCUGCAGAGAGUGCGGCAUGGACAACACUUGCGUGCUAUGCGUGGAGUGCUUCAAGGUGUCCGCCCACCGCCACCACAAGUACAAGAUGGGGCAGUCGGGCGGCGGCGGCUGCUGCGACUGCGGCGACACGGAGGCCUGGAAGCGGGAGCCCUUCUGCGAACUACACAAGGCGCCGAGAGAAGAGUCUCAACCCCACACGCACAUAAGUGAAGAAGUGUUGGAACGCAUGAAGAUUGUAUCGUCAGUCAUCCUCUCGUACUGUCUGCGGCUGCUGACCCACGACCACGCCCCGGGCUUGCCCAAUGAUCUCAGAUUGAAGGACAACGAACGUGAUCUAUUGCAAAUAUUGGACCAGCCAGAUUGUUACUGCACCGUUUUGUAUAACGACGAAACUCACACGUUUGAACAGGUGAUAACAACCCUGAACCGCGUGUUGAAGUGCAACCAUAGAGAUUCUGUUGAACUUGUGACCCUCAUCGACCGCGAAGGUCGAGCUCUCGUCAAGUGUAACUCCUUCCAAGUUUGUGAUAAACUGAAGACGGAUAUCGAGGCAUGUACGGCGAUGUUCGAAAGGUUCACGUCGCGGCUCGGCCCCAGUCUCAAGGUGCUGGUGAUGCACGCGCACGUCAUCGCGCACCAGCACUUCGCCAUGAAGCUGCUCACCUGGCUACAGAACUUCGUAAGCCAAGAGCCGAGCCUCCGGCUGACGGUGAGCCAGGUGGCGCUGGGCGCGGAGGUGUGGGGCGGGGGCGGGGGCGGGGGCGGGACGCUGUGCGGGGGCGGGGUGGCGGGGGCGGUCAUGCAGAACGACUUCCGCAUGUGGAAGGCGGCCCGGACCGCCUGGCACCGCCUGCUCAUCGCCACCACCCUCAUGGACUGCAGCACUAAAAGGGCUAUGGCGAUACUCUUCACCAGAAAUUAUGGAUCGAUUCUAAAGGACUUCAUCCGUGACGACCACGACCACUCCUUCUCCAUAUCUUCGCUAUCAGUGCAACUGUACACGACGCCGACUCUAGCGCACCAUCUCAUCGCGAGGCAUGAUGCUUUGUUCGUAGUCAUCAAUACGUUUGUCAGUGAGUGCAAUAGAAGGUGCAACAAUAAGGGCCGUCUCGAGUUCGACCGCAACGUCCCUACAGGGUUCAAACGCGCUCAAUUCAUUCUGUACGAUGUGAAAUAUCUGCUAAGCUCUGUCCCCGCAUCGUUUGACGAUGACUUGAGGAAGGGCUUCUUACAUGGGCUGUCGCUACUGUUGAAUCUGCUGGUCAUGAUGCAGGGAAUGGACUCUGUCGUCAGACAGGUCGGACAACAUAUGGAAUACGAGCCGGAAUGGGAAUCGGCAUUCAAUCUCCACGUGAAACUGGCCCACAGCAUCACAUUAUCCUUGGAGUGGUGUUCCGCUGAAAGGGCUUUAGCCGCAGCCGCGUAUAGAAUGGCGCUGCGACGAUACGUGGACACUGCUCAGUUCCCGGAUACAGUUUUGAAAGAAUUAGGCAACAAGAGUGCAUUAGUCAUCCCCUACGAUGUAUCGGGCGAGCCUGUUUCAAUCCAUCGGCCGUUAUCACGAUUCAUAGCGGGAUUACAUUUACAACUGCACCGACACGGUUUGUCCUACCACAGCAGGGAGUUCGACCGCCCCGACAAGCCUAAACCCUCGCCUGAACAACUAAUUGAGCCAGUACUCCAAACCAUGGCUAUGAUAGCUCAAGUCCACGCCGGCAUGUGGCGGCGGAACGGCUUCGCUUUGUUGAACCAGCUGUACUUCUACCACAACGUCAAGUGUCGUGCUGAGAUGCUGGACAGGGACAUCGUUAUGCUACAGAUCGGCGCGUCCCUUAUCGAAAGCAACGAGUUCAUUAUACACGUGUUAAACAAAUUCAGUCUCCUCGAGUGGGCCAAGGUGGAUUUCGAGAAUAUCAGGGUGGAGGACGAUGAGCUGCGAUACACGAUCAGCAUGGUUGAGGAGUUCCUCGGGCUGCUUAUCACCAUCGUUGGUUCCCGCUACGUGCCAGGCGUGGGCGAGGUGACCGCCGAAGAUCGCACCAAGAAGGAGAUCAUACAGAUGCUGUGCGUCAAGCCCAUGCCGCACUCGGAGCUCAACAGGUCCCUCCCUGAAGACCAACUACACGAGACGGGACUCGAAGCGGUGAUACACGAGGUGGCCGACUUCAUCAAACCCACCAGCGGGAACAACCGCGGCCUGUACAAGCUGAAGCCGCAUCUAUACGACGAAUACGACACGUUCUUCUAUCACUACACCAGGGAGGAGCUGUCGAGGAGUGAGGAGGAGCAGAGGAAUAGGAGGAAGGCUGCUGGGCUGGCGGAGUGCUGCCCGCCGCCGCCGCUGCCGAAGCUGUCGCGGCCGUUCGCGCUGCUGGCGAGCGCGCUGCAGAGCGACGCCGCGCUGCACGUGCUGUCGCUGGUGCUGCGUCGCGCGCUCGACCUGCGCGCGCGCACCUUCUCCGAGACUCAAGUGCACAAGGCACUCCACUUAAUGGGCUACGCCCUCCGCGACGAAGAAAGCGGCCAUUAUGAAUUCGUAGCGUUCGCGGAGAGCGCCGCGCGCAGUGGAUUGCUAGCUUUACUCCAGCAGCUGGUCAACAGCCCCAGAGUCGAAGCGCAUAGGCACUUAGCUCGUUGGGUACUUCAGAAGAUGAGAAAACUACUGGGCCAAAGCGACGAAAAUGAUGAUGGUGAGAAUAUGGAGACAGACCAGGAAGAAAAGCCGGCGGCCGCGGAAUCUGCAGAGGCAGAAAAAGCGCGGCGAGCGAGGUUGGCAGCAGAACGCCGCGCGAAACUGAUGGCGCAGAUGAAGGCACAGAUGAACAACUUCAUAUCAAACAAUGCUACACUGUUUGAGGAGACCACUACUGAGGUGACCGGAGAAGAACAAGAACUGCGUCCGCUGUACCGCGGCGCAGCGCUGGGCGUGUGGGGCGGCGGCGUGCCGGAGCCCUCGCGGACCUGCAUCAUGUGCCAGGAGGAGGCGCGGGUAGAAGCGGCCGGCAGCCCGCUGGUGCUGGUAGCGUUCGCGCAGCAGUCCAGCGUGCUGAACCGUGCGCGUGCGGGCGCGCGUGGCGUGCUGCCGGGCGCGUGGCGCGCGGCCUGGCUGCCGGCCGGCGGCGGCGCGCAGCCGCACGUGUCCGGGUGCGGCCACGCGCUGCACGCGCGCUGCUGGAGGAAGUACCUCGACAACGUGCUGGAUAAAGAGAACAGGAGAUUAUACCGUCUCCGUCAACCGGCGGCUUUUGACGUGGAAAAGAAAGAGUACCUGUGUCCACUCUGUGAGCGGCUGUGUAACACUGCGUUACCGCUGCUGCCCGCCCCCCCUCUCCCGCCGGGCACCCCGCCCCCCCUCUCCGAGGAAGUGUACGCGGAGUCCGUCAGCGUCAUUCUGAAGAUGAAGCACCAGGUGUAUUCUGAAGCGGUUCACGUCUGCACGGAGUUUUGUGAGGAGAUGCAUUGCCAGGCUCGCGCCAAAAGCGUAGGCGCGAUGUCUUCCGACAUGGAGGAAGAAGAACCGGUGGAAGAGUGCGAGGUGUACGUGUCCACUCACUCCGAGAACCUCCUGCCGCAGGAGUUCCUGGUCCACUUCCAGGGAGAUAUCCCCAAGUAUAAUGAUAUGACGAAAUCGCUCAUCGAGAACUUCGCUAGCAAAUUACCCGGGCUGUGCGGCCUGUCAGAAACGGGUGGCAUGGUGUCAAUCGCGGCGCUGUACCGCGCCACAGCGUACACAAUACUCAGCACGAACGCGGUCCUGCAAGCGGAAUCGCGGCCCCUACUCGGGGAAAUACCGGCGAGGCACCGCGACGCCUUGCAAGUGUUGAUUCGGCUAGCUGCGGCCAUACCUGCUCUGUGGUCACAACCUAAACACUUGGCACACCACGCUCUAAGCUCCCUUAACACUUUAGAAGCAACUUCCCCUUUAAACCACGAACCUUUCGGCACUUUAAUAGCCCUAGUGCUAACGGUGCCAUCGCUAUUUUCGAAACCAGCCGGCCCGGCAAGACCCACGCAUCUAGCGAGACAGAUAACUCUACAAGCUUUAAGAGCUACUAUUACGCGAGCUUUGAUAGUCAUCGACGUGUCCAACUGCAAUACCGUGCCCAUGGACGAGGAACAAGACAAAAACACAGAUUUGGAAAACCUACUGACGAUCGCGAAGGAGUUGCGCAGGGGGAAUUUGGAUAUUGAUGUAUUAAAUCCAAUCGAUGUGUGGGAGAAGGUUAAAAGUCAGUGCAAGACGUUUUUAAGAUGUUGUUGCUUGUUCUACCAUUUCUUGAGCGAUAUAAUACCGCCAACGGAGCUGACGGUGGUCGACGGCGACACGUGGGACACUAUGUGCGGAUAUUUAGACAUGCCAUUGACGUUCAAAGAGCUUUUAGACAAUCCUUUAGCUAGAAAAAAAGCGAAAGAAUGGUCGGACAUGUCGACGGAGUGGUUCAACAACGAGAUACCUAGUCAUGUGGUGACCGAGCCGAAUGAGCCGCCGAGACUGAUACCGCUGCCUGAUGACUUCUCCGAGCUGAUGAAUGUGGUGUCGGAGUUCUCGUGCCCUAAUUCUGAGCGGGAGGACAGCAAGUACCCGACCAUGUGUCUCGUGUGCAGCCAGAUACUGUGUUCGCAGAGUUAUUGUUGCCAGACGGAGAUUCGGAAGCCGGGCGGCGGCACGGAGCACGUGGGCGCGGGCGUGGCGCACGCGCUGUCGUGCGGCGCGGGCGCGAGCGUGUUCGUGCGCGCGCGCGACGCGGAGCUCGUGUUGCUUGCGGCGCCCGCGCGCGGCGCGCUGCUGCCCGCGCCCUAUCUCGACCGCUACGGGGAGACCGACCAGGGACUCCGUCGCGGCAAUCCCCUGCACCUGUGCCAGGAGAGGUACGAAAAACUCCGCAUGUUGUGGCUCAGCCACGGCGUAUACGAACACAUCGCGCGCGCGCUCGACGCCAGCAUGCUCGUGACGCCGCCCUGGCAAAACAUGUGAUCACCGGCCUGCCCCACGCACACUGACCUACCAUCUAAACGUUCAAUACAACGCGUUCCUGCCAUCUAGACGGUCACUCCAACGUGAUCCUACCAUCUUGACGUUCACUACAACGGAAUCCUACCAUCUUGACAUUCACUACAACGCAUUCCUGCCAUCUUGACGUUCACUACAACGCGUUCCUGCCAUCUUGACGUUCACUACAAUGCGUUCCUGCCUUGACGUUCACUAAAUUGUGACCUGACUAGAUCCUGACACCUAGAUAGUGACUUGCCGUCUUAAAUGUUCAUUGCAUAUCGAUCCUACCAUCUAGAUGUUCACAUACAUAAUAAUUCACAUUUAAUCCCCUAAAUUUAGGAUAAAACAUUUUAUUUCGACAAAUUAAUAAUAAAUAUCACGAUUAUGGACACCAUGCAGUCUUACUGCAAAACUAUGUCUAAACUAAAAACUUUGUUAAACACAUUAUUUUCCCAUAUUAAGAAGUCACGUUUUUGAAUCACAUUUCCUAAUUGUCAGUAUUUUUUAUUCCAAAUAAUUUUAAAAAUGUUUAAUUUUAUACAUUGUUUUGUAGAAAAACUGAAUUGAUGUUUACGUAGCACAAAUUGAACAAAAAUAUUGUUGAUAAUAAACCGAAUGUCGUACGAAAAGUUAGACAAUAUUGUAAUAACAUGCUUUAGUGAAAACAUCACCAAAUACACGAACCAUAACUGCCCGAAAUAUGCCUUACGCUGUUUACCCUACCUUUCAAUAAUAGAUUUAAUUAUAUAAUCAUUUAGAAAUAAAAUAUUAGAGAAUAAAAUUAAUUAUUAUAUAGAUCUUAAUGUUCUAUAGAUUAACACCCAUUUGUUAUAGUCGAAUACAGAAAUGUAAGAAUGGAAAGUUCAUAUGGCAAAAAUCACGCGCAAAGAAUUUGGUAAAACGUUGACAAAAUACAGCAAGAAUUCUUGCAAUAAAUUGAAGAGGAUUUUGAGCGGCAUAUAAUGGGCGCGCGGAAAUAUUAUGUCGAAUUCGUCAUUUCUUUUCAGUCAUAGUAAUAAAAAGUGAUGGAACGCAACGUAUUUUAGAAAAAAGAUAUCUACUUAUUACAUGGUCAAAUAUUGAGGAGGUAGAUGGUGAUAGUAGCAAAGUGAAUCCUGGGCUCAGACUCUUUGCAGCUCAGAAAGAACUAGAAAAAACUCCAGAAAAAGAGAGGGAUAAAACAUAAUUUAACAAAAUAAACUUUUUAUGGAUGAAAAUUUUUAUAAUUAUAAUAUCCAUUUGAGCUUGAAAAAAUACGUACGAAUGGCAAUUUAAAAAUACGCGCAAUUCCCGCUGUGGUUUUUAUGAAUUGAUAAAUAACAUAUUUUAUUCGAAUUUGAAUAUAUUGUUGUUAUAGAUAGGUUUUGUUUAGGUCAGAUUUUAAAUAUUUACUCUUGUGCGUUAGAUAUGUGGAAAAAAUCUUGUAUUUACCCUUGUGAGAAGAGUGAGCUGGUCUCAAUUAUGUGCAUUCAAAAGUUCUGAAAUGAAAAAUCAAUAAGAUCUUUAAUUUGAUUAUAUUCUAUAUAAUAAACAGUCACAUUUCUCAAAGAAAAUGUACUUGUAAUGUCUUAAUAUGGCAACACUGGAAUAUGUUUAUGUCAUUAAAAAUAAUGUGGUAAAAAAAUUGGCAGCUAGCAACAAUUUUAUCAACGUAAAAAAAUAUAUUACGGAUUUAUUUUUAAUUACUGUUCCCUAUUUAACAUAUUGCAAUAUUGUUAUAUAUUUUGAUUGACCUCCAUAUGACCGUGUCGGAUUUUUAGUACGCACAUUUUUAUUAUUGAAUAAGAGUGAACUAAAUCUCGGAAGGUCUGACUUAAAUUGUAGAUAUGUUUGAAACUAGUUGAAAAACCUAACUAUUGUUAAAUUAUUUUUGUUUAAAACUUCUUUAAUAUAAUAGCAAGAAUCAGAGAUUAGCAAACACUGUGAAACUUUAUUGGUUUACUGGUAUUAGUUUUCAGUAAUUCUUGCCAGCUCCUGGACUAUGUAGUCGAGGAGCUCGCAACUUUGCGGCUGUGUAUAAUCUGUUUUUCGUAUGUACAUAGACUAAUGUAAUAUUAUACCGCGGUGGCUGGCUCUGUGCCUGUGAUUGUUAAUGACUGUAGUGAAUAAAAACAUGAUAUUGAAACUUCUAUUACAAAAAAUUCGCAAAUUAAUAUAAAUUACGAUGCUUUACGCUUAUUCAAACUAAUAAUAAAUGCGAAAGUGAGUUUGUAUUUGUUACUUCUUCACUCUUACUCAAGCAAUGUUUUUUGAUAUUUCCCAUACAUAGUAACGUAUAACGGAAUUAUAUUACUACAGAAAGGACAUACAUUUCAUCUUUGUACUGUUCCCGUGGAAACAUAACGCGGGUAAAAGCUAGUCAGAUUACAAAUUUGUUCACUAUAGUCUUUAUUUCGUCUGAUAUUAAAAAUGUAACUACAUAUUCUGUUUAAUACUUUUGUGCAAUCCUAAAUAUUAUGUUUGUUUUCGAUCACGUGUGUUUACUAAUUGUAAUGUUAGCAAAUAAACUAGUUUGUAAAAUAAA